AACAACAGAAACGUGAUGGGAUGGCAACUGCGGGUUGAUUUGGAAGCCAUUAGAACCAAUAAUCUUUUAGUCACAAGUUCACAGCCCCACCAUUUCUGUUUAAUCUGUAAUUCGUAUGAAGACUCGCUUCUCUCUUUGUCAGAGAUUCAGGCAUUGGAGAAUUUUCCUAUGAAGACUCGCUUUUCUCUCUCAUUUUCUCUGUGUUUCUUCCUCCUCCUCCUCCUCCCUCGACCUUCCCAUUCUUCCUGGUUCGGCGACCAGAAGAGGCCCGGAUCGUUGCUUAGAUUGAAAAAUGGAGGCUUUUCUGCCGCAUUUGACCCCACGAGGGUCACUCAGCUCUCGUGGCGUCCUAGGGCUUUUCUGUACAAGGGCUUUUUAACAGAUGAGGAGUGUGAUCAUCUCAUCAAUCUGGCUAGGGAUAAACUGGAGAAAUCUAUGGUGGCAGAUAACGAGUCGGGUAAAAGUAUAGAGAGCAAAGUGCGAACAAGCUCUGGCAUGUUUCUUGAAAAAGCUCAGGAUGAUGUAGUAGCUAGUAUUGAGGCAAGGAUUGCAGCUUGGACCUUCCUUCCAGUAGAAAAUGGGGAGUCCAUUCAAAUACUGCAUUAUGAGCACGGUCAAAAGUAUGAGCCACAUCAUGAUUUCUUUCAAGACAAGGUGAAUCAAGCGCUGGGUGGCCACCGAGUUGCCACCGUCUUGAUGUAUUUGUCUAAUGUUGAGAAGGGUGGAGAAACGGUCUUUCCCAACUCAGAGGAAAAAAUGUCUCAAUCAAAGGAUGAUAGCUGGUCUGACUGUGCUAAAUCUGGCUAUGCAGUGAAAACCAGGAAGGGUGAUGCAUUGCUGUUCUUCAGUCUUUUUCCUGAUGCAACUACAGAUGAAAACAGCUUGCAUGGGAGCUGCCCAGUCAUUGAGGGCGAGAAGUGGUCUGCGACAAAGUGGAUCCACGUCAGGUCGUUUGACAAAGCAGUAGCAUCGGACGAUGGGGAUUGUGUAGAUAAGAAUGACAACUGCCCUACUUGGGCAAAAUUGGGUGAGUGUGAGAAGAACCCUCGCUAUAUGGUGGGUUCCGAGGGAUAUAGUGGAAAUUGUAGGAAGAGUUGCAACGUCUGCUCUUCAUAGACGUCCUCUCCCUUCAUUGAUUCAUAAUUGUAUACAGAGUUUCAUGCAUAGGAUGUACAUACGUUGA